AAGAAUAGUGCCGUCAGUGCGAGCGAAGAUGUUGUUGACGACGAUCUACCUUCUUUUGACAAUCUUCUGCCUCUUUUGCAUCUACGAUUGCUUUAAGCCAAGAUAUUUCCCACCUGGUCCUGCUUGGUUACCCAUAAUAGGAUGUUUAGCGGCUUUCAAAAGAUUACAAUCUAAAUACGGAUUUUCGCAUUUGGCAUUUAAAAAAUUGGAGGAAACUUAUGGACCGAUCGUGGGACUAAAGUUGGGACGACAAAAGAUCGUUACGAUCUCGACUUACGAUUUUGUAAAACAAGCUUUGCUUCAGGAUGAUUUUAAUGGUCGACCAGAGUCAUUCUCGUUCAAGAUUCGUGCCUUCGGGAAGAAAAAAGGAGUAUUGUUCACCGAGGGUCAAACGUGGUCUCAAUGUCGAAGAUUCACGAUGCGUCACUUGCGAACGUUCGGUUUGGGCCAAUCACUGAUGAACAAACGGCUGACGAGAGAAGCACAGUAUCUCAUGGAGAAUCUACGAGAACAAAGCGAACAUGGAUCGGUGCUCAUGCAUAACGCUUUCGACGUAGCCGUUAUCAACGCACUUUGGACGAUGUUUGCCGGUCGUAGAUUCGAAUACGACGAUGAAAAGUCGAAGGAAAUACUGGAAACUAUUCAUAAUUCCUUUAGGCUGACGGAUACCAUGGGUGGACUUUUGUCCCAUAUGCCCUUCUUACGCUUCAUCGCACCGAACUGGUGUAAUUACAACGAGACCAUGAGUCUUCUCAGAAAACAAUGGAAAUUUAUCGACGAGGAGAUUACCAAGCACGAGCUAGAAUUGACGGAUGAAGAGCCGCGGGACCUGAUCGAAGCUUUUCUUCUUGAAAUAUCGUCUCGCAAAGGAAACGAUUCCAGUGACAUAUUCGAUCGCGAGAAUUUACUGAUCCUGUGUCUCGAUCUCUUGCUUGCUGGCACCAAAACGACGAGCGACAUGUUGGCGAUUACCAUAUUAUUUUUGUCGUUGAAUCGUCAAUGGAUAAAGCCACUUCAAGAAGAAUUGGACAAACAAACCGGCAGAACGCGGGCACCAACGUUCGAGGAUUCUUCAUCUUUACCAACGGUAGAAGCCUUUUUAGCAGAGGUACAAAGAUACUUGAUCAUGGCACCCUUUGGGGUUCCACACAAAACCAUGACGGACGUUGACUUUAACGGAUAUCGCAUACCCAAGGACACAUUGAUACUCUUCGACUAUUACAGCGUUCACUAUGAUUCAGUUUACUGGGAUCGUCCGGAAGAAUUUAGGCCUCAACGUUUUCUCGAUAAGAACGGUCAAUUUUGUCAAAACAACGUGAACAUACCGUUCGGAUUAGGAAAGAGGCGAUGUCUCGGAGAAUUACUUGCUCGUUCAACGUUUUUCUUAUAUUUCGUUUACUUUAUAUAUUAUUUCGAUUUUGAUAUCUCACCUCUACAUGAAAUACCCAAUCUAAACGGCUACGACAGUUUCACUUUAUCACCGAAACCGUACUAUCUCAAGCUCUCGAUGAGAUCCGAUAUAAAGCACUGAAAUGCACGCCACGUGGCACAUGCCACCGUCGAUAGAUUUGGACUUCUGCGAAACAGCUUGAUUUCGUCGAACGCGUAAAACGACUUUUACGCGGUUGAAACAACAAACCGUAUUCUAACGAAGAUUUUCUUCCGAGACGCCAAACAAAUGUGGCGUCGUUUAGCGUUUAGAGAUUGCCUGAUCUUGAUUGAGCUUAACAUAUAAAUUUACUUCAAAUAAAUCCAAUAAUUAUUA